ACGACACUGCUCAAUGAUCGAGGGACGCUCUGAAUCGACUGGAUCUGUUGCAGAACAAACAGGAGUUCGGAAGAUUUAGCCUCUCUCUGCACUGCACUAUUUUCUUUAUCAACAAGCUGUUUCUGUUGGCAUGUGGCCUUAAAUCUUUCCUCUCAGCUGCUUCGUUGUUUGUGCUGUCAAAGGACACGUGACUGAGAGAGCUGCAGCAGGGAAAGGAAGCAUGGACUAAACUGUUCUGUCCUCUAUUUUUCCAUUACAGUGGCUGUUUGGAAUUCUUCCGGGGGGCUUGUCUUCCCUUAUUUGGAGCACUUACAGCAUCAAUCUGAAUCUGUGAUCGGAGCAGUAGUUGUGUGAGAAGAGCAUCGCAUGUUUAACCCUAUAGAUUUUAACCGAAAACCUGGUACAGGCAGUAUUCAAGCUGCUAUAAUGGACUUAACUUAGAUCUGACAGCCAAUGAGAUGAGUUCCCUCAGACAAUGCUUUAUGAUGCUUCUUCACUGGAUAAGCUUCUGGCUGAAAUAUGUUCUCACAAGAGUUUGGGGAGCUUUUCCAGCAGUCAAAAAUCAGAUAACAUCUCAGGGUAUCACAGAUAGACGAUCAUGCGAGGCAGACUCAGAGGAGUGGAAAACUAAUGAGGCACUUCGCACAUAUCACUCUGGAGAUGAAGACGAAACCAGGGUUAUGGUCCAAACCAGCACAUGUGCAUUCCAUGUCGACCUUGGGAGACUAUCAGAGUGCAGCGAGUACUUCCGAGCCUUGUCCCAGUCCAGAAUGAGAGAGACCUCGGAGAGCCUCAUCCACCUGGACCAUGUGUCCUCUUCUGUCUUCCACAAUCUCCUCGAGUUCUCCUUCCAUGAUAAGUUUAAAGUCCCUCAGGAGGAGUUGGGCACACACAUCCAGGUCAGCAGCUAUCUUCUGGCUGAGGCCUUCUUCUCAAAGUGUCUCUCGGUCCUGGCAGAUGAACUCAGCCCAGGUAACUGUUUGUCUUACCUGAGUCUGGCUCAGGAGAUCUGCUGUGAGGAGCUGAGGAUGACAGUGUUCACCUACCUGAGUAGAAACCUGCUGGAGCUGCCUCACCUCAUCAAGUGUCUGAACGAUGAGGAGAAGGUUGAAGUCGUCCACCUGAGGAAACAAGGAGACCGACGUCUCUGCAGCCUCAGGAAAGAGAACCUGACUUCUUGGAAAGACCCGGAAACAGAGCGUGCCCGAUAUAUCUUCACCCUGAGAGGGUCAGAGGACAGUGGAGAUUGGUGUCCAGUUACAGAGCUUCCCUUCAGGGCUGAUAAGUGGUGUUUCACUACAGUGGUCCUAUAUAACUACCUGUACAUAAUAGGAGGCUACCGACAGCCUGUGAAGAGAGGCUGGGAGUUCAAGAUGGCCUCCUUAAGGUAUAAUCCCUUCACUCAUACGUGGGCUGCCACAGCUCCUCUGAUUAAGCACAGAAGGCACUUCAGUGCAGUGGCCUGUGAAGGCUGUAUUUACGCUGUGGGAGGCUGGUACUUGGACUCACUGGUGACCCCAGAUUCCAGCACAGCUCUCUACACAGCUGUAGAACGCUAUGAUCCAUGGGAGGAUACAUGGAGGUUUGUCUCCUCACUGCCGCUCACUGACUUCCAGUUUACCAUGUCCUUGUCCCAUGAUGUGCCCCUUGCCACUAGCCUUGGACACUGUCUCUAUGUGUUGGGGAGCAUCCAGAGGACAGGAGAGAAAUUGCUGCUGCAGUAUAACACAAGGCAAGACUCCUGGUCUGAACUGCUUCCCACCCUCACCAGAGCAGAUGCAGACCUCCCUACUCUUUACUUCCUGGGUGCCGCCACUGACAGGCUGCUUGUGAUUGGUGGGAACAACUCAGAAAAUGUGGUGACAUCAUUUUGUGUGCAGUCACAGAGAUGGGGACAGGUGCACAGCACCGAGAAAGUGGCGUUUGCAGGGCAGGGGACAGUUGUAGGUGACCAGGUCCUGAUGCCAAGUAUACAGGAUAACACUGUUGCGAGUAUGGACCUCAACACUCUCUCCCUCACAGUUCUUCCUCCUCUACCCAUCUUCACCCGCUAUGAAGCUGUCUUUUAUCUUCACUUUUAAUAUUAUAGCUAACUUUUUUUGCUAUCCUGCACAUAUGAUGUGAUUGUUUUGCAGCUGAAUGUAGGUUAAGUCUCUCUCAAACAUAAGGAGAUAAACUCAGGUGGAUUAU